AUGUACGAUGGCUUUCAUCAUGUGGAGAUGUGGGUUGGGAACGCCAAGCAGGCAGCCUGCUACUUCAUGGCUAGGUUUGGCUUCCGGGAGGUGGCGUACAGAGGGCUGGAGACAGGAAGCAGAGAUGUCGCUACGCAUGUGGUUGAGCAAGGAACGAUCAGGUUCGCGUUCAGCUCUGCUCUCACGCCCGGCAACGAGAUUAUGAGCCAGCACCACUCUCGGCAUGGGGACGGAGUGAGGGAUGUGGCGUUUGUGGUGAAGGACUGCAGAGCAGCUUACGAGGAGAUCAUGAGGAGAGGAGGAAGGAGCAUCGCAGAACCUCGAGAGAUCAGCGACGAGCAUGGCAGCGCGAUCGUUGCCACCAUUGCCACAUACGGUGACACAGUCCACACGCUAGUUGAGAAGAGGGGGUACAAUGGUCCUUUCCUGCCCGGCUUCCGUCAAGUCUCCACCGUCGACCCUCUGACCGAGUUCACGGCUAGCCCGAAGCUCGAGUUCAUCGAUCACGUUGUUGGAAACCAGCCGGAUGAUGCGAUGGAAGCUGUUUGCGAAUGGUACUCGGACGUCAUGGGCUUUCGGCGCUUCUGGUCGGUGGACGACAAGCAAGUGACGACGGAGUACAGCUCGUUGAGGUCUGUGGUGAUGACCGACGAAGAGGAAAGCAUCAAGAUGCCCAUCAACGAGCCAGCGCAAGGCCUCCGCAAGAGCCAGAUCCAGGAGUUUGUGGAGUACUAUGACGGGCCGGGAGUGCAGCACAUUGCUCUUCGAACCUUCGACGUGAUUCACACGGUCAAGACGUUGAAGCAGCGAGGAGUCGAGUUCCUCAAGGUGCCAUCGGCCUACUACGACGACCUGGAGAGGAGGCUCAAGGAGGCAGGGGUCACGAUCAAGGAGGACCUCUCUGUGAUCCGCAACCUCAACAUCCUCGUUGACUUCGACGAGACCGGCUACCUCCUCCAGAUCUUCAUGCGCCCCAUCCAGGACAGACCGACGCUCUUCCUCGAGAUCAUCCAGCGGCAGAAGCACGAGGGCUUCGGGGUUGGAAACUUCAAGGCUCUCUUCGAGGCCAUUGAGAGGGAGCAGGAGCUCCGCGGUAACUUAUAA